CAUAUAUAUUAUGGAUUUGGUUUGUUCUACUUGUAUUUCCCGGUUCUAUUUCUCUCACACUCUCUCUCGUCUUCUCCAAUAACUAACUCCUCCAAAUCAAGCCUUGUUCAAAAUUUUGAGCUUAAGACCAAUCUUGCUUUCGCAUACCUCGUGUGGUUUCGUUUUCUAAUUCGGUUUGUUUAGGAGCUCUCUGUAUCAAUGGAGACACAGCCGCAGCAACCACCUCCUCCGGUGGCUGAGAAGCUGAAUCCGAAGUUGGAGAAGGAACUGAAUCUAGAGUCAUUGAAGACACGAGCCGUUAGCUUGGUCAAAGCCGUUUCUCGAAUCCUUGAAGAUUUCGACGCUUAUGGUCGAACCAACACUACUCCUAAAUGGCAGGAUAUUCUAGGGCAAUAUUCGAUGGUAAAUCUCGAGCUUUUUAACAUUGUGGAAGAAGUAAAGAAAGUUUCCAAUGCGUUUGUCGUGCUUCCGAAGAACGUCAAUGCUAUGAAUGCUGGAAUUUUACCGGUUAUGUUGUCUUCCAAAUUACUUCCGGAGAUGGAAACUGAUGACAAUGCCAAGAGAGAGCAGUUGCUUCAAGGUGUUCAGAGUUUACCAAUACCAAUGCAAAUUGAAAGGCUAAAGGCGAGGAUGGAUAUGAUUGCAGCAGCUUGUGAAAAUGCAGAGAAAGUAUUAGCGGAUACUCGUAAGGCUUACGGAUUUGGCACUCGUCAAGGCCCGUCUAUGCUUCCAACUAUGGAUAAAGGUCAAGCUGCAAAGAUUCAGGAGCAGGAGAGCAUGCUUCGAGCAGCUGUAAAUGAUGGCGCUGGAACAAAACUGCCUCCAGACCAGAGACAGAUAACCACUGCACUUCCACCACAUCUGGCAGAUGUGCUAAUUAUCAACGAUGCAGGUAAGAUUGCAUUACCUGGCCAAUUGAACAACAUCAACAAUCAAGGAAUGAUGCAGGUUUCUGGAACUCAGUUUAUGGGAAGAUCAGCUGCAUCUCCAUCUGGUCCUAAUUUUGAUAACACAACAUCUCCCUUACCAUAUUCCAAUUCUCCUCGCGCUACGGGUAUGGUUAAUGCGCCUUCGCCUCAGCAACAAAUCCAGCAACAGCUUCAACAGCAGCAGCAAAGGUCAAAAUUAAUGCAGUUGCCUCAACAUCAGCAGCAACUACUUGCACAACAACAACAACAGCUCAGGCAAUCUUCUAUGCAGGGAUUGGGUCAGAGUCAGAUACCAGCACUUCAUGAUAUGCAUGGGCAAGCUCAGCAGAAGUUUCAGACGUUACAUGGGCAACAUCAGAUGCCAUAUUCCCAGCCAAUGGCCGCGCACCAACAAUUCCAAGCUAGACAGCUCUCAGGUGGACAUAUUCAGCAUAGCAUGUCUCAAGGACAGCUCAAUCCAGCGAUGAACCGUCACUUAAACCAGUUUUCAGGUGGAGCCAAUAGUGCAUUGUUUACUUCUGCACAAGGCUCCCCAAGUAGCCAGAUGAUACCAAACAUGUCAUCUAUGCAAUCUCAGACACUUGUUCCUAGGAUGCAGCAAUUUGGAGUUUCGGGUACCAAUCCCCAAAGAAGCCAUUCUUCUCAAAUGUUGGGUGACCAGAUGUUUAACAGCAGCGGAAUGAUGCAAACUCAGCAACCGCAACAACAGCAGCAGCAGCAACAACAACAAGGAGGCUAUGGAAAUAUGCAGACGAAUCUACAGCCUAAUAACAUGAUGCAGAAUGCUCAACAAAGGCACCAAAAUCCUCAAUAAUCAAUCCCUUUUAAAUAAUUUGGGCUUGUAAUAAACCGAUGCCUAUAUUUGGUAGUACCGAAACGGGCCUGGCCCAUUCUUCAACAUUGAUACACUCACCAAUUUUCUUUAGUUUUGGUACUUCACUAAUUUGUCGCUUGUGUGCGGUCUAAAACGAGAAACAGAGACCGGACGGUGGAGGAUCGGUUUCUUUCUGUCACGUCUGUUGAGAAAUCGACACGUGGCAAUGACGUGGACAUCUCGACGCCGUUGAAUGGGGUUACAAAGACAAAACGUAGACGCGUUUCUGUUGUACACGGGACUCGAGACAGCGACGUGUCUAUGAUGAAGCUUACCUGUUUUCUGAAACAUUUUAAACAGAGAGAGAGCUCCAAAACUGCGACUCGAAAGCUAUUUAAUUUUCUGACAAGUUGUUUUGUUUCUUGUCAACUAAAUUUUAUAUACAACUAAUAAUAUUUCA